AUGGAUACAGAUACCACUACCACUACCACCACAAUUAGUAAUGACGACAGAGAAUUAAUUAACAAAGUCGUUCAAAGUUCAACUUCUUCCAAUGUAGAGAUUUGUAUAUGUUUUGAUACUACUGGUAGUAUGUCUAGUAUUAUUGAAAAUGUAAAGUUACAAGUUGAAACAACAAUCACUAGAUUAUUAAAGGAUAUUCCAUCGAUUAGAAUUGGUGUGAUGGCAAUGGGUGAUUACUGUGAUGGUAGUGCUGUAUUGUCAACUCUUAAUUUGACGAGUGAUGUUGAUCAGUUGACCAAGUUUAUCCAUAGUGUCACUGGAACAGGAGGUGGUGAUUUACCAGAGGCAUAUGAAUAUGCAUUGAUGAAGGCCAAGGAUCUUGCAUGGUCUCCAAAUGCCUCCAAGGCGUUUGUUGUGAUUGGUGAUGCCGCUCCACACCCUCCAUCUUACACUGACCUCAAUAUCAACUGGUUCAAAGAGGUUGAUGACUUGGCAAAGAUGGGUGUCAAGAUUUACGGUGUCAAGGCCAAGUGUGACCAACCCAUCUUUUACGAAGAGAUUGCCGAGCGUUCAGGAGGCAUCUCUAUCAACUUUGAAAAGUUCUCACUCAUCACCGAACUGUUCCUCGCUAUUUGCUACAGAGAGUAUUCGGCCGACCACCUGCACCAAUUUGAAAAAGAGGUGACUGGUCAUGGUUCAGCUCCAAUCGAAUUAACAAGAAUGUUUGAUGAAUUACAUAGAGAGAAUUUCCCAAUCGAGCGAGCUGUCGAAUCAACUACAUCAACAACAACCAAUAAUAAUAACAAUAACAGUUCAGCUGAAACAAAGGUAUAUGGAGCACCACAUAUCUUAAAGACAACAGAGUUUUGGUAUAAUAUUGGUGCUGACAAGGCUACCAAACCAUCCUAUUAUUUCAACAAGACAUUGGGAUACUUCCAACCAGGUAAACCAGCCAACUACACUGCUCCAACAAGCUCAUCAGCUCAUGUUACCAUCCCAUCAAUCCUCAAACCUGUAUCGACACCUACAACAGCUCCAACCACAUUGAAAAAGGUUAAAUCUGUUUCUAUCAAACUUCCACCAACCUCUUCUGCAUCUACAACCUCUCCCACCACAUCUACACCAAAAAAGACAACCGUUCAAAUUGUUGAAACAAGAUUACGUAAAAAGGCUAGAGAAUCGAUUGACUUUAUUGCAGGUGGAAAGCAACGUCAAGAGUCAUUAUUUAACUUGCUCGGAAAGGAUUACACCGGUCCAAGUGAAUCAGAGCUAGAGAUGAUCUUUAGAGUAUUUGCCAAUGCCAAUGGAAAAAUUACUAGUGAUGGUUUACAAGCUGUCCUUAGGUCAAUGGGCAAGAGACCACGUGCCAAGAGAAUGCAAAAGAUUCUUAGCGAGAUCGACCCAUCUGGUAGUGGAUUUGUUGAAAUGGACGAUUUCGUAGAGUAUAUGCAAAACAAGGCAUUGAUCAAAGCAAAGACAUUGGGAUUAGUUGAUAUCGAGUAUGAAGAUGAUUCAGAUGCCGAGGGUGAAGACGAUGAAGGAGGAGACACUGAUGAAGAAACUGAAGAUGGACCAAAACAAAAAGCAAAGGGUGGCAUCAAGAGAAAGAAAACACAAGAGAAAAAGGAAAAGACAUCACCAUCCUCUCCAACUACAUCAGUACCAGUCGCACUCAAGAAACAACCAACAUUCUUUGCACCAGCUAAAAAGGGAGCUGUCAUUUCACACUUUUAUACUGAACAUGCUGGCAAUAACCAAUUCACAAAGAAUCCAGAGGGAAGUCAAUAUGACUUGGGUGUAGACGGAGCAUUUGACACUUUCAACGUGUUGGUAGGCCAGUUUUCAGAGGAAAAGGAAGACUCUAUCUUUGCAAAGUCUCUCAAGACCACCUAUGCCAAGAAGGGAUUCCAGUUCAAAGUGGUUACCGAUCCCAAGCUAUUUGUUGCUGAUCUUGCCGACGAGACGUAUGAUGAAGCUGUCAUUAUCCCAUCGACCAACGCGAUCAAGUCAAUGUCUGGAUUCGACCUAGAGUUUACCAACGCCGUCAUCAAAUUCAAUCAACAGGGUAAGGGUCUGUUACUAUUUGCAACCAACAAGGAAAACACUGAAACCAACUUGGUACUCAGUAGUUUGUUUGGUCGCAAGUGCGCAGUCUCUGACACUUCAGCCGAGACAUUCUCUGGUAAAGCCAAAUCAAUGAGUUUUGGUAAAAACAAAAACAACAUUGCACAAGAGUUUAAAGAGCAUUUAGUGACAUCUGGACUAGUCAGUCUUUCACAAGGCAAUGCAUUACAUCAUCUCAAGAGUGGUGUGCCAGCUGGUUUAACAGUACUAGCUACCUCUUCAAGUGACCGUCCAACUAUCCUCGUGUCAGAUGACUCAUCCUUGCCAGAUCACCACGGUCGUGUGAUUGUCGAUCUAUCGGGUAUUGCCAAAUUCAACAAACCAGCUACCAACCAAGGUGUAGUACGUUACCUUGGUAACUCUCUCGUAUGGCUCCUCUCAAUUGACCAUCGUUUCAAGCACAACCUUCCAGUCAAGGGUGGCAUCCAAAAGUCGGAUACUGUCGCAUGGCAACACCGUCCCAUUGGCAGUGUGCAACGUUGGGAUAGUUACGACCAAGAGACAUCCGACCUCAUUGAAGCCAACUAUCAAUCUUGGAAGGACGCCAACAAACCAACUUCAACCGCCAUCUUUUCAUUUGACCAUUAUAAAUUGAAUUUCGAGACUCUCCUUUUGACCGAUACCAAUACUAAAUCAACCAAAUCAACCAAUACUGGAAAGAAUAUUAGAAGAAAGGUUCAAACUUCAAUUAAUCCAAAUCAACUAGUUAAAAAAUAA